GAGAGCAGCUCACUGAAGUUAGACAUGGCUCACUGUCUACAGUGAGUCACAUGGAUGCCACAGACCUCUAUCUUCUGUAAAUCCGCGAGCUUCUCUGAAGACAAAAGUAAGCGAAACUUCUGGUUUCUGCUUCCUCAGGUGUGGCGUUUCUUGACCGUAUGAGGAAGCCCGGAUCCGGGCGCACCUGUGAGCUGACGUCACACUGAGAGUACCUGAGUCAGCUCUCGGAACUGCUCGCAUUCAGAAGCUCAAACUCCUUACAGAGUACAGAGGAGACGCUGCGCACCGGAAUACAAAGAAAGUUGUUUUUUUUUCCUACGAGAAGGAUUUUAUAAGAGGCUUACAACACAAAUGGGGACCGCCUGGUUUGCGGUUUUGGGCGUUUUAUUCGUCAUUUUCCAGGCCGCAGCUGCAGAGGAGUCAUCAUGUGUACCUGGAUUUGAGUCAGAGCUGUUAAUAUUCGAAACGACCAGAAAACACCUGAAGCAAGGCACACGAUUGGGCAAAGUUGGCUUCAGUGACUGCACAGGCCGUACCAGAUUUCUUUUCACCACAGAUGACAGCCGCUUUGUGGUCCAAACAGAUGGAGUAGUAACGGUAAAGAGACAAGUUGUCCUUCAUGAGGGUCACCGGGACUUCUUCAUCCACUCCUGGGACUCACAGGGUCAGAAGUUGACUGUACCCGCCAUGGUGCUGUAUGUUGGACAUCAUCAUGGGAAUAACCAUCCAAAUAGUGAGCAGCACCACAACAUCCAGCUUCAUGAUCAGGUUGAGAUGGACUCUGCCACUAAACAGGAUGCUCCUCAGGUUCCCAUUCUGAAUUUCCCAAGACCUAAUCCAGGACUGAAGAGGAGGAAGAGAGACUGGGUUAUCCCUCCUCUUAGUGCUACUGAGAAUAGCAGAGGACCUUAUCCCCUGUGGCUUGCUCAGAUUCGCUCUGAUGAAGAUAAAGUGAAGAAGAUCAUUUACAGAAUCACUGGUCCUGGAGCUGAUCAGCCUCCUGUUAAUCUUUUCACCAUGGAUAGAGACAAUGGUAAUCUGUAUGUCACACAGGAACUGGACAGAGAGAAACAGGACAAGUACACGCUUAAAGCCCAUGCUGAGUCAGUUGGAGGUGGUGCAAAUGCAGAGGACCCUAUGGAAAUUAUAAUCAAUGUAAUUGACCAGAAUGACAACAAACCUGUUUUCAAUCAAUCUACCUAUAAUGGAGAAGUUCCAGAGGCCUCGAAAAAAGGUUUUGAGGUGAUUAAGGUUUUGGCCACAGAUGCUGAUCAGCCAAAUACUGACAACUCUGAUAUCAGGUACCGUAUAAUGAGUCAGACUCCAGAGGAGCCCAGUCCCAACAUGUUUAACAUCAACCCAAUAACUGGACUCAUCAUCCUCAACCAAGCUGGACUGGACCGAGAGAAAAAUUCUCUGUACACACUGGAUGUUCAGGUAGCUGACUUGAAAGGAGAAGGUUUGACUGGAUUUACCAAAGUGUUUAUCAAAGUGAUGGACAGCAACGAUCACGCUCCAGUCUUUACGGAGGCCUCUUACACGGCCACAGUUGAAGAGAAUAAAGUAGACGCUCUAGUUGUUAAGAUGUUGGUGACGGACGGUGAUGAGCCUCAAAGCCCAGCCUGGAAUGCAAAGUUCAAGAUCAUUGAUGGAAAUAAAGAAAAUCUGUUUACUGUGGAAACAGGAACAAACAAACAAGAAGGAAUCAUCACUACUGCUAAGGGUCUGGACUUUGAGAGAGUCAGUAAGCACACUCUGCUGGUCACCGUGGUGAAUGAGGAGCCUUUCGCUGUUUCAUUGAUCACUUCCACUGCUACAGUGGUGGUGACUGUGGAGGAUGUCAAUGAACCUCCCAUCUUUGCUCCAAAAGAGGAACGGGUUUCUAAACCUGAGGAUCUUGCUGUGAACAGCACUGUGGUGCGGUACACAGCUUCUGAUCCAGACAUUGGACGCAAACAGAAAGUCACGUAUAAAAUGCUCAAAGACCCAGCUGGCUGGCUUCACGUUGAGAGGGACACUGGUGUGAUAAAAGUGAGAAAAGACAUGGACAGAGAAUCUCCAUUUGUCAAAGAGGAGAAAUACACAGUCCUGAUUGGUGCAUAUGAUGAUGAUCAGAUCCCAGCUACAGGAACUGGAACUCUGAUCAUUACACUUGAGGACGUCAACGACAACGGCCCCGUCAUUGAGGAUCGUUUAAUUAAUAUGUGUAACAAGAAGACAGUUCCUCAGCUGCUGACUGUAACAGAUGAAGAUGGACCAGGCUUUACUUUUCCAUACAGCGUUGUCUUACAGGACACUGCUAAGGCCAACUGGACCGCGAGGAUGAACGACAACAAAACUGCUAUUAUUUUGACUUUGACACGUGAGCUGGAGAGUGGAACUUACACGGUGGGUAUGGUGGUUUCAGACAACCAGCUCAAGAGUCUACUCAACACAAUCAAAGUUGAACUGUGUGACUGCAGUGGAGAAGAAGUGAGCUGCAAAGACAAAGUUAUUGCUGGCUCCAGCAUGCCGGUCAUCCUGGGAAUACUCGGUGGCGUCCUCCUGCUACUCAUGCUGGUCCUGCUGCUGCUACUGUUGGCAAAUAAAAACAAGCCAAAGAAGGAACAACCUUUGCUCCUAGACAACGACAUCAGAGAUGACAUCUUUUUCUAUGAUGAGGAGGGAGGCGGAGAGGAGGACCAGGACUACUUUGAUCUGGGUGUUCUCCACCGUGGUUUGGACAACCGUCCCCACGUGGUCAGGGAUGAAGUGGUUCCAGUUUUUCAGUCACGGCCUUUUGUGUACACUCGGCCCGCUAACCCAGAAGAUAUUGGUGGCUUCAUUGAUGAUAACCUGAAGGCGGCAGAUAACGACCCGACUGCUCCCCCCUACGACUCCCUGCUGGUGUUUGAUUAUGAAGGAGGCGGUUCUGAAGCUGGAAGCAUUUCAUCUCUGAACUCGUCAAGCGAUGGAGACCAGGACUAUGACUGCCUCAGCGACUGGGGCCCUCGCUUCAAGAAACUGGCAGACAUGUAUGGAGGAGGAGAUGAUGAUGACAUGAUGUAAAUGGAGCAGUACUGAGGAAAAGUAGCCUCAUGAGUUUAAGUGUGCUGAAGUGAAGACAUCAGUGAGAUGUUGUUUUGUGAAUUUUAGUUCAGCCAAUUUGGCAUUUGAGCAACUGCAGAGUUUGGCUUUAUGAGUUUUCCCCAUUAGAGAAGUCUUUCUGAGCCUUUUAUUUUGUUUUGUUUUAGGCUGGCCAAAAAUGUUUUAUUUGUAGCUUACUGAAAUAGUGGUCUCAUACACUGAAAGAUUUGCAGUAUCACUGGUUUAAAAAAAAAAAAAAACUAGUGUGGAGCUGGUAAAAUAAAGUACUUUUUUUUAAUCUCUUUUGCAUUCUGUGUUUAUAGUUUUGUUUAAAUGAUGGAUUAGAAACAUUUCAGAAAUAUGAAAUCCUGGUAGCCAGCCAAAGGCGAGUCAACCUGUGGACUACAUCUGAGUUGAUAAUAUAUGCUUCUUGUACUGCUUUACUAAAUCUUGAUGCAAUAAUUUCUGAUGUAUGGUAAAAGGUUAAAUGUCAUGUUUCACUUUUUAUAUAUAUAUAUAAAGUUAUACAUUUUA